AUGAAGGUUGAAAAAUUUCGCAUCGCCAUCAUUGGCUCUGGGCCAAUUGGAAAGUUACUUGCGUGCUCUGCAGCGCCACAUCCGCGUAUCCAGUUUACGCAGUAUGAGGCGGAUGUCCUGCCCCUACGUCCAUCAUUUGGAUACGGUAUUGGACCCCAAACAUUCCAUGCCGCCAAAGUACUCAACCCAGAGCUUGCUCAAAGGUUCUACGACGAGUCCUUGAAUGAUGACAUCUGGAUGCACUGGUGGCACGGUGGCGAAGAGGAUAAACUGAUCGCUGAUGUCAGGAUGCCAGAGGGAAAAGUGUUUGGUAGACUAGGCCGGGAGGAGCUUAUGGAUCUUCUGGAUGAUAGCUUACCAGAAGGCUUGAGUAAGAAUGAUAUUCAGUACGGCAAACGUCUAGUUGAUGUGCGUAAGAUCGGGCCGCAGCAACUGGAGCUUGUUUUCCAGGACGGCUCUAAAGACUUUGCCAAUGCUGUGUGGGCUGCUGACGGGGUGAACUCAUUCACCCGCAAAGUCGUACAAGGUGAGGCCUAUCGACCAGCAAGUUAUACCGGUAUGCUUGGAUACCGCGGAAAGGUGGAUGCCAGCAAGGUAGCCAAAUUAGUCGGAGAGUCGUUUGCAAAGGACACCUACAUGUUCAUAGGAGUCAAGGGAUGGCAUGUACUUAUAUUCCCGAUCGAACACGGCAAAUUUGUCAACAUAGCGGCAUUCUCUAAGGAGCCUGAGGAACAGCGGUACACGCGCGAGGAAAAAGUGACUUUAGAACAGAUACUGAGCCAUUAUCCGGGGCGAAAUGCCAAAGUGGAUACUCUGCUAAAGCUUUUGCACAGUGACACCCGAGGUGGCUGUGCGCGUCUCAAUAUCACGCACCUGGGCAAGCUUGAGACACUUUUCAACCCAGAGCUUGGCAUAACUCUCUUCGGCGAUGCAGCAAAUGCCAUGACUCCACACAUGGCAGGAUCUAUGUCGUGCGGCUUCAUUGGAUGUACGACAUUUUUGCACGAGGAAUGGAAUCGGUGUAUCCGGUCAGGUUUGCUUCCUGUAGACGCCUCGAAUGUUCAGAUCGCAGACGCCCUGGUCGAAGCUUCACAGGCCUAUGAGGAGAAGCACCUUCCCCUAGCUCAGAAGCUUUCUGACCAGUCUGCCGAGCAGGGCCCCAUGUGGAGUGGCGGGRUUACGGACGUGCAGUUACUCUCAGAGCGCCCCCUAUUCCUUUGGAGUUCAGCAGAUGACAAGCAUUGA